UGUAUAUUUUGAAACAUUCUCUAUAUGUAGAUACAAACAAACCGAACUCGGAAUCGUAGUGCAUUAAGCUAGAAUUGUGCUAGCGCUUAAAUGUGUGUGUUGGCCGCAUAGUUUGUUGUUAUGAAUAUAUCGAAAGUGACAACAUCGCUUGCUGCUGCGGCUGCUGCCGCCGAAAAAGCAAAACCCGAACGUGUAACAUCUGCAACGGCGGCGCUCAGUUUUAACACAAUAACCAUACAGAAGCGCAGCAGCGUUGAUGACACCGAUGAUGCCAAUCGCAAGAAACUAAAACGCGACAUUGUUAUAUGCACGCCCACAACCAGUUUACCCGCCAAACAACGUGUAGCUACAUCUACAACAACAAUAUCAGCAGCAGCAGCAGCAACAGUAGCAUCACCAGCAUCAGCAGCACAACUACCACCACCAACAACAGGAACAGCAGCAGCAGCAGCAGCGUCGACAACAUCCACAAUCAGCGUUAAAUCAACAACAACAACAACAGACGAACCCCAAUUUGUCAGUCAGGCGAACGCCAAGACAGAACCUGCUGGGUCUGCUGCUGCUGCUGUCGCUGCUGCUGCUGACGUCUGCUGGGAAGCACGCGACGAUCAAAUCAUUGUCUGCGAAAUGAGCGCCAUUAAGUCCGAGGAGUCGUCCGGUACCGCCAGCACCCCCAACACUAACACCACCAACACCAACAGUAACAAUCCAAAGCAAAAUUUUGCCAGCUUUACCAAAAAAGAUGCUGCCGGCUCUUCGGCCUCGUCAAGCUCCUCGACAGCCUCCAUCAUAUCGAUCGAGCCCAGCGCCGAUCAGCCGCAUCAAAACAACAACAACAGCAGCAGCGAGCAACAGCAGCUGCUGGGCAAAACAGUUUCGAUUGAUGAACUGGAAUAUGUGCUACUGCCAGCAACAACAACGGCUGAGCUAAACCCAGCCACACACGAGACGACACAGGUCACAAAUAACAUCAAUAGCAGCAGUACAAUCAGCAGCAGCAGCAACAACAACAAUAGCAGCAGCAACAACAACAUUGUUGUGAGCAACACAACAACAACCAGCAUUGUGAAGUCAGCAACACACCCUGGCAGCUAUAGCUUGUUCAGCUCUGCAGGAGCAACGACAGCGACAGCAACAGCAACCACAACUCUCCUGAAUCGCGUCAAUUUAAAUGCAAAAUUCAAGGGUCAACACCUAAUGGUGAAUGCCAAGAAAUUGGCCGAAGUCACACAGACAACGGCCAAGGUGUCCAUUGGCAAUAAGACGAUAUCUGUACCGCUGCUAAAGCCACAAAUCCUGCAAAGUGGCCAGCUAAUGAGCGUUAGUGGGGCAACCACAGCUGGUGGUGCGACAAUAGUCGAAAGCAAACAGCAAUUGACAACAACAGCAACAUCAGCAACGCUGACAACAGCACUACAACAGCAGCAGCAUCAACAGCAACAACAGCAGCAGCAGCACCUGAACCUCACCAAGCUGUUAAAAGGCACUCGCAAGAAUCCAACAACAAUUUUAUCAAUUGCCAAUGUGCAAAUUAAACCUGCAAAUGCAAAAAUUGUCACCGCCAAAGUGGUUAGCAAAAAGAUGUCGCUGCAGUUCCAGCAGCAACAGCUACAGCUACAACAGCAGCAACAGCAGCAACAACAACAACAGCAGCAGCAUCAUCAACAGCAGCAGCAGCAACCCAGCACCGGCAGCAUUGUUACAAUAACACCAACUAAUUCAAGCCAGACAUUUACAAUGCUAGAAAAACAACUUGAUGGUGGCGAACAAAGUGAACAACAGCAGCAGCAGCAGCAGCAUCCGAAAACGAUUACCUACAGCGAGAACAUACAAAAGAUAUUGUUAAACAAAAGCAAAUCGCUGGAUGGCAGCGAUGCCAGCAGCGAGUUUGGCAAGAUAAACAGCGUUGUUAUCAAGCCACUCGACAAAAAUCAGCUGCACUGUGCAUCCAACAUCAAUAUAUUCAAGCAGCAGCAGCAGCAACAGGCAACCGGAACUGCUGCAAAUGACGACAACAAGGCAACAACAGCUGGUGGCGCCCAAAUAUUCACGCGACCCAUUAUAUCGCUACAAAAGAACAUCUCGCUGGUGGUGUCCAAGGCACCGAUGGGUCAACAGAAAGCCAAAUUGCUGACAACGCCAGCCACGCUACAGCAAUUCAAUGCGCUGGAAACUGAGACGGUGACCAAGCUGCAGUUGAAACCACAGACGGUCAAGCUCAGCUCAGCUGAUAAGUCCGAUGCCAGUGAAUCCGACACCAAGCCAAAGUUGCUGCUGGUGAAGCAAACAACACAGUUGCCACCACCACCGCCGCCGCCCGAGAGCAGCAGCAAGGAUGUGAAUGCUGAGCAGCCGGACCACGAGUUGCUGAGCUCGAAGGCGCAAGAGAAACGCUUGGUGACGCCCAGUCGUGUGGAUGACUCCAACAAUGCGCUGCUCAAGCAAUUGCUGCAAAACAGCAUCAGCAGCAACGCCAACAGCAACAACAGUCACAAUCUGCAACAGAUUUCAAUUACGUCGGCGCCGCUGUCCGCCCGCAAAGUGAUCAAUGUGCGUGCGCCGAGCAUGGGAUUGGUUAGCUCGCUGGAGGCCCAGCUGGCUAGGCCAGUUAUACCACCAGUACCGACGGCUGUGAGUAGCAGCAACAACAGCAGCACCAGCAGCGGCGGCAGUGGCAGCGGCAGCUGUAAUACCAUUACAACAACAACAGCCACCAUGGUGGCAAUUAGUCAAGCGCCGUCCAGCAGCUCAAACACACCAACGCCAACAAAUGAGCCACAAAAGCUGUUGGAAUUGCAACCAGAGACGAAGGCAGCGAUAGUGACAACAACGAUUGCCACAACAACAGCGGCAGCGACUACAACUGCAGCUGUAAUGGCUGCAACGGUUGCUGUUGCACCGCCAACAACCGUAGCAGCAGCAGCAGCAGCAACUGUUGCCGUUGCUGCUGCUCCCGCACCAGCAGCAGCAGCACCACAGCUGAAGCAGUCGGUGCAAAUUGUGUCCAAGGAGACAUCGUUCAUAUCAACACCAGUGACGGCUGCCCAGUCCACCGUCGUCCUGCCCACCGUUGUCAAUAAGCUGCCGCCCACAUUGCUAGUCGAGUCAAGCCUGAAAACGGAGCAGCAGCAACAGCUGCCGCCGCCGCCACCCUACGAGCUGAGCACCGGCAAUGUAUCAAACGUGACCAUUUCCAUAACGACCAAGCCCAGCAAGGAGCUCAGCAAGUUGGCCAAACUGGAGCCGCUUGAUGACGAGCCGGAAAAGUCAGCGCCAACGAUGACGACGCCGUCAGCGGCGACGCAUGGCGACAACUGGAAAAUGCAGGACGGGCACACAAGUGGUAGUCUCAUGAUUUGCGAAACGCUGAAGCGCAAGCUGCCAAUGCAACAGCAACAACAACAACAACAGCAGCAACAGCAACAUAUCGAGGAGAAGCCUGCGUUGGAGCUGAAAACGGAAAUUUUGGUCAAUAGCAAUAAUAAGGAGCAUGAGUUGAUCAAAACACGCAUCGCAGCGCCCCCAACAAUUUACGAAAAGUUGCAGCUACAGCAGCAGCAACAGCAGCAGCAACAACAACAGCAGCAGCAGCCACAACAACACCAGAUGCAAAUGCAAUUGCAGCAACAACAGCUACAGCAGCAGCAAAUACAGCAGCUACAGCAUCAACAACAGCAUCAACAACAGCACCAACAACAGCAUCAGCAACAACACCAACAACAGCACCAACAACAACAACAGCAACAGCAGCAACAACAACAACAACAACAGCAGCAGCAGCAGCAGCAGCAACAACAAUCAAUGCCAGCAACAGCGCAGGCAACAUUGCCCGAGCCGAAAGCUGUGGAGCAACGGAAGCGACGCAAGCGAGAGACACAAAAGCCGCGACGCAGCAAUGCGAACAGUGCUGCUGGUGCUGCGGCUGCUGCUGCUGCUGCUUCCGCCGCUGCGGCUGCUGCGGCAAAUAGCUUGAAGGAUAUGCCUGGCACAUUGCCCGCUGGCGCCGUAGUCCAAUUGGCCAACGUGACUACCAAUUCGCAGCUGGGCGGCCAGAUGGUAGCUGGCGGACACUUGGGUGCCGGUGGCAGCGGUGCGGGAAGCAUGGGAUCGCCCAUGCUGAAGAAGCGGGUGCGCAAGUUCUCCAAAGUGGAGGAGGAUCACGAUGCAUUUACCGACAAGCUGAUGACGCACAUACGACAAAUGCAGCCACUACAAGUGCUGGAGCCGCUGCUCAAUCGCAAUUUUCUGAUUGGUGGCGGUGCCGGUUUUGGCAACGGUGCCGGCGGUGGCAAAUUGAAGGCAAUAUCGCGUGCACUGCAGCUACAGCGACAGCUCGACGACAACAAUGCCGAUGGCAGUGGCAGCGGCGGCGGCAGCGGCAGCGGCGGCGACAUCGACUGUGAUCAGCUUCUGGGCCGCUUUGGCAAUGUGCGUCAUCCCAGCAUUAAAUCGCUGUACGACAGCGAACGCUUUGGCGGCAGCAGUGAACCAAGCAGCUGCAACAGCACCUCAGCCAAUGCGAGUGGCAGCAGCAGCAGCAGCAGCAGUUCGAGUGGCGCCGCCAUGUCAACCAUACAGAACGACUUUUACGAUCAGGAAUUCUCAUCACACAUCCAACGCAAUCCGCGCGAGCGUCUGCUCCGCUUGAUAAGCGCUGUUCGCGAUUGCAAUCUAGAGACCACCGAGCUGGUGGAGCAAUUGCAGCAGCAGCAGCACCACCAGCAGCAGUCGUCAAAUAUGCGCUUGGAUGGUGCCGUUGCGUGGGCGCGUCAUAGCCGUUAUCCGGGUCUGGUGCUGCUCAAUACGAAUAUCAAUCAACGCUGUGCGCCCGGACGCAUGUCACCCAUUGCCCUGUCCAUGGAGGCGAGCACAAUGCGACCACCUGUCUCUCAACUGAUGCGCAGCUGUGCCGAGGAGUUGCGCAAGGUGCAGCAGCUUGACCUGGGUCUAACAGUAACAGCGCCAGCAGCAACAGCAGCAGCGACCAACACGGCAACUAUUGCAAUAGGCAGCAGCAGCACCAGCACCGGUAUCGUGAGCAGCAACAACAGCAGCAAUAACAACAACAAUAAUAAUAAUAAUAACAACAACAACAACUAUCAGCAGAAGAACCAAAAUGUGAUACUCUCGCUGCAUCCAUCGGCAACCGAUAAUAUUGCCGGCGUGCUGCGAGAUUUGGCGAAUCUGUUGCAUUUGACGCCCGCUUUAACCUGCAAGUUAAUUGAAGCGAACAACACAGCGGCGGACAAGACGGACAAGCAGCCAGGCGAAACGGAAACGGAGUCCGAUUCGGAGCUGGGCGAUGAGUCCGGUCAGGGACAGGGACAUCGGCGUGGACGGGGAGCAGCGGCGGCAGCGGCAGCAACUCCAACUAGUCAGGGCAAUCUGCGGAAAAUACUCACCGGUCAGCGGAAGUUGUGCCGUUGCUGUGGCAGCGCCAUUGCCGCCUUUGGUCUGCGUGUGCCGCACCAGAAUGUGCCCGAGGAGCAGCCAUCGCCAAUGCUUGCCCGCCUGCGUGCUCUACUGCCGCGCCAAUCCCCGCCAUCGGCCUUUGUCUAUUUUUGCAAUCGCAGCUGCUUCACGCAGUACAAAUAUCGCGGCAACGACGAACCAAUCGAUGACGAAUCGCUGACAAUCGACAGGGACAUGACGGCAACAUCAUCAACUGCAACUGCAACUGCAACUUCAACUGCAACCGCGACCGCAUCCCAGCACGUCAUUCCCAUUGAUAAAGCGGAAGAAGACGUUGAUAUGGAGCAGCAGCAGCCACCACAACACUUGCAGCAGCAGCAGCAGCAGCAACAGCCUUCACAGGAUUUGACAGCGACAGCAACAGCAACGCUGCCAGUGAAGCGCAAGUGCAUCAUCAAGUGUUACAGCGCCGAUUGCUUUGCGACGAGCACUGAUCGCAGCGCCCAUCGGCCCGAAACGGAUGCGGCGACAUCAAAUAAUACGGUGUGGGAAAGAGACGCUCUGGGUGCACACGAGGAUACGCGCCAGUGCGUCUUCUGCAAUCAGCGUGGCGAUGGCCAGGCCGAUGGUCCCUCACGUCUCCUCAACUUUGAUGUCGACAAAUGGGUCCAUCUGAAUUGUGCGUUAUGGUCGAACGAUGUCUUCGAGACGGUUUCGGGUGCACUGAUGAACUUCCCGACGGCUCUGCAGGCUGGACUGAAUCAGGCGUGCGUUGCCUGCCACCAAUUGGGCGCGACAAUCAAGUGCUUUAAGUCGCGCUGCAACAGUCUCUAUCAUCUGCCCUGCGCCAUUAAAGAGGAGUGCGUCUUCUACAAGGACAAAUCGGUGCAUUGCAGCACGCAUGCGUCGAGCAGCUUGGCAAGUGCAGCGGAUAACGAGCUCAGCUCGUUCGUUGUGCAUCGUCGGGUGUUUGUCGACCGGGACCGGGACGAGAAUCGACAGGUGGCCACCGUCAUGCACUAUUCGGAGCUGACCAAUCUGCUGCGCGUCGGCAACAUGACGUUUCUCAAUGUGGGCCAACUGUUGCCACAUCAACUGGAGGCGUUCCAUACGUCCCAUUACAUUUACCCCAUUGGCUACAAGGUGAGCCGCUAUUAUUGGUGCACUCGACGGCCGAAUCGACGAUGUCGCUAUGUGUGCAGCAUUGCCGAGGUUGGCUGUCGGCCGGAGUUCCGCAUUCAGGUGCACGAGGGCCACGACAAGGAGCCGGAUCGCGAGUACCGCGACAGCACACCAUCGGGAGUCUGGCAGCAGAUACUGCAGCCGAUCCAGCGUCUGCGACAGGUGCAUAAGUUGCUGCAGCUCUUUCCGCAACACAUUAGCGGCGAGGAUCUGUUCGGGUUGACGGAGCCGGCGAUUGUGCGCAUUCUGGAAAGUUUGCCUGGCAUCGAGACACUGACCGACUAUCGAUUUAAAUAUGGACGCAAUCCGCUGCUGGAAUUCCCGCUGGCCAUCAAUCCAUCGGGUGCUGCGCGCACGGAGCCCAAGCAACGACAGCUGCUCGUCUGGCGCAAGCCACACACCCAACGCACCGCCGGCAGUUGCACCACACAACGCAUGGCAAAUUCUGCGGCAAUUGCCGGCGAAGUUGCCUGCCCGUAUAGCAAACAGUUUGUCCACUCCAAGAGUUCGCAGUACAAAAAGAUGAAGCAGGAGUGGCGCAACAACGUCUACCUGGCGCGAUCCAAAAUUCAGGGGCUGGGCUUGUAUGCGGCCCGCGACAUUGAGAAGCAUACGAUGAUAAUUGAGUAUAUUGGCGAGGUAAUCCGCACGGAGGUGUCCGAGAUACGUGAAAAGCAAUACGAAUCCAAGAAUCGUGGUAUUUAUAUGUUCCGCCUGGAUGAGGAUCGCGUUGUCGAUGCAACUCUAAGCGGCGGCCUGGCUCGCUACAUUAAUCACUCCUGCAAUCCGAACUGUGUCACUGAGAUCGUUGAGGUUGAUCGCGAUGUGCGCAUAAUCAUAUUUGCCAAGCGUAAGAUCUAUCGUGGCGAAGAGCUGUCAUAUGACUACAAGUUCGAUAUCGAGGAUGAAUCCCAUAAGAUCCCCUGUGCCUGUGGGGCGCCGAAUUGUCGAAAAUGGAUGAACUAGGAUCCGGUUACUCCAGCAGCACGAUCACCCGCAUUAGAACUAGCACUUGUACCAAUACGGCCACGAGUACCGAAACCAAAACCGAUCAAACCCCCAAUACCAGCAGAGUUCAGGUGUACGCGGAAUCGCCGCCCCCCAGUGAACACAAAAUAAUAAUAAUAAUAAUUAUAAUAAUAAUGUUGUUAUCAACACAUUGUAAACCACAUCAUCAAAAUAGUAUAUUUAGUAAG